CAACCAAUCGUAAACAUUUCAACUAGUGAUCGGGGAGAGUGUGGGCGACAGCGGUUUUCCUUCCGCGUUGAUAUGGUGUGGUUUCAAGACCAGCUCUUCGUUUGUGUUGAUGAGGGGUAGUUUAUUUCACACAUUUUGGACAUUUCGGUUGGAAAGUACGUUUUGUCACUAAUCGUGACUUGCUUGCUAUUGCAUCCCCUGCUUCUCAGUCAAAAUCCCAAGGAGAAGUAGAAUAACUGAAUGGAAGACGACAGUUUUUAGUCAUAAUUGGAAAUUCUGAAAUCGAAUCCAUUAACCAAGACUGUGGAUAUGAUAACAUUGUGAAGGAUAGGGGCUGAAGAGUAAUCGCUUUCUGAAACCGAAUUCAAAAAGCAAAUCUCAAAUAACCCACUUUUUCAAAGGCCAGAAAUCUGUUGAGAGGUAUCAGAUCACUAAGCUAGGGAAUGACGUAACAACUAGGCCUGUUGUUAUCCAGGAUAUAGUGCCUUUCGCUUCGCAAUAUAUAUUUGUUUUGACUAAUACUGUACCAUAAUAUUGUCAUAUUCCUUUCCUUUAAGUCCUCAGAAAGGGUCAGAGAGUCUUAGUCUGGAGAGUUACCAAAAUAGAUUCGUGAAAAGGAUUUUUUGCUGUUGACCAUUGGACUUCGACAUUUGAAAGUUAUUUUUCAUCAACACUUUUGGAUAUCUUGCCUGAGUUGUGUUACUUGAUACAAAUAUCACACCAUGGAUACGGAAAUGAAUGAUAAUUUGGCGGAUAUGCCUGUCCGGAGUAAUCAAAGGAAUGACCUGCCAAAAGUACACCAGCGGCAGCGAAAGGACUCAGUGAUUAGCUUCUCACCGAGCACCAACUCCCAAACACCCAUCCUAAAACCAAGGAGCAUCUCUCAGAGUUCUUACGGAGGGAGUUCCAUUGACAGUGGCAGUAGCUCUGCCUCCACGGAAGACAAAGUGCAAAUUACGAAGUUGAAAUUUUACAUCAAAGUUGGAUUUGGGAUUCUCAUUCCUUUUGUGAUCAUCUUAUUUAUUGCUGUCAUAUAUCUCGUCAUAGCCGUCCACACUUAUAACGAUAUUCGCUACCCAGACGGGAAAUUGUCUAGCUUUGGCAAACAGACUGAUCGUGACGAGAAGGAGCCUCUUUGCAUCGAAUGUGCGAAGCUGCAAUUUACGCUUGCUCCCGAGAACAUCAUCCUUGAUAAGCUGGUGAGAAAAAUGGAAGGGGGCAAGCAAAUCUGCUGCGCAGGGACUGCCGAGCAGACAGACCUCUUUUUGAAGAGAUACAUCGAUGUAAAGUUGAAAGAAGAAAGAGCAAGUGGUGGGCUGUGUAUGGGCACCUCCGCAGGUCUCUCAGGGCGAGAUUUCAGGAGCAGCCGCAGCGCCACCAACCCCAAGGAUGGAGUCAGAUGUACUAACUCGCAGAAUCCUUCCGUUCAUUUGAUCGGUACUGAUGAGAUGGGGGAUGCAGAUUUGAAUAACGGUCCCAGCAAAAUCACCAAAUGGGCUGACAACUCUGAUAUCGCCUUCCGUAACAGCGUCGGCUUCAAUAAGAAGACUGGAACACUGAGUGUCCCCAAGAGUGGCUUCUACUAUGUCUAUAGCCAGAUUCACUUCAUCCAAAUCUUCCCUCGCGUUUCGAGUUACCCGAACCCCGGAGAACACUCGGCACACGACAGAACCCCCAACUCCAACAGCCUAACACACACCAUCAUGCGGACCCACCUCCGGUAUUACCCCGAGGAGAUGCUGAAGCGACGACAGUCACAGUGCUGGGUGACCAACAAGCUCUACAGCGAAUACACAAGUUAUAUGGGCGGCAUAAUGAACUUGCGACAGGGCGAUGAGGUAUUUGUGGAGGUGUCGAACAAGUCGAUGAUUUCGAAUCAGUCAAAGAUGAAUUUCUUCGGCUUGUUCUAUGUUUCACCGAAUGAGAGGCCGUGAUUUGUGUCUUGGUCGCAUCUCGAGAAGAAAUUAGCUAGACUUUUUCCAAGUCUAUAAUUGGCCAUGCCCGAAGAGUUUGAAAAUGUCCAAGACGUCAGUAUCAUCUAAAACGGGAAUUACCGGCAGUGGCAUGAUCGAUGAUUAAUGUCUGUCAAGGUCAGCAUCGCAUUCUGCCAUGUUUGCGGCCAUGUGCCAUUUUUUGAUGAUCAUGACCCCGAUGACACUUGAUGUCCCUCUUGUUUGGGUACAUACUAUUAAAUAUACUAUUGAUUACAUACUACCUUUCGACUUUGAUUGAAAUGCAACGAACUAAACAAAAAACAUUAUUCGGUGCUUCAUAUUUAUCUGUGAUAAAAUUUCGGCGAACUAAAGAGUGCAAUAGAAAGUGCGUGCACACAUGAAAAUGGAGUUUUAACGUCUUUGAUUGUUAUUUCACAAUUGAACGAACCAUGGUGAUGUUUUGUCAGGUACUGUAGAACUGGGGAUGCUGCUUUUACAGAAAGUUGCAUGAAGCAGAGGUUUUCUUUCACUUUCCGCUGAUGCUGGUGACGCACCCUGCAUACUUCGCCACUGGCACAUGAUCAAAACAAAUGGCCCCGACUGCAUGAUAACCCUAACAAAAUUAUUACUUGAUGCGGAUUGUUUGUAGGUCUGGUGUUUGAUCUUCAAGUGCCUGUGACUCGCCCCACGAUUUGUAGGAUCUUUUUUCAUGGGGUUUGCUGUUAAACAAUGUCAAAUUAAAAAUAAAAAUAUAGGUCCAAUUCGAAAAUGUAAAACGGCUUAAUGCGAGAUUGAUGGGCUUACUCUGUUGAUUACCAAAUGUUAAUAUGGCCAUCCGCAACUAAACACUCCAGAAUCUGCCAAAACAUCCACGGGGGGAGGGGCACGCUGUUGAUCAUGUUGUUAUGCUAGCACUACACUGAUUAGGAUUCUGCUGCUGGAUCUCAUUCGACUUUGAAUUCUUCUGUGCAAGAUCAAGUGGUGUAAUCCUCGUCCAGUAGGCCUUCAACAUCAUGUUUUUGUCCAAGUUUGUUGUUAUUAGUAAGUUAGGUGGUCUUUUUGCCAAUUAAAGGUAAGAAACCACUAUUUUUUCCUUUGCUGGAACCGGUGAAAUGUCCUACUUUUUCCUAUUUUAAUUGAAAAAUUCCUAAAAAUGUCCUUUUACAUUUUUAGGAAUUUCUUAGGAUUUUUUUCUUUAAUUAAAAUUGAAGAAACAAAUCCGUAUUUUCCUCCUUUUUGACUCAGAAGGCCUGCAAUAGGCCUGGAUGUUUGCAAUCGUAAAUGUAUAUAUUGAUCGAGAGCCAUGUCAAGAUGUGGUUUAUUUGGUAUUGUAUCUUGUGCGUCAAGUGAUAUUCCAAUGUUUGAUCAGUGAUUUGAUUGUCUUGGGUUUAAUGAACCUGUGUUAACAUAAAUAGAUUAACUUCUUAACAUUUUAUAGUUGAAAGUAGUACAUAUUUCACUCUUGACAAAACUUCUUUUGGAAGGUGCUUCGCAAUGCCACAAUCUUUACUAAGAUUAUGCAUUUUUCUAAACCUGUCUUCAAUUCUUGAAGUAGAAAAAAGCUAAUUACAGAAAUGUUUCUUCGUGAGAAGAAAAACUUAAAGAAAUAUCGUGGUAGGUUAUUUCUUACUAUGAUAUUCGCUUUAAUCUAAUGACUAGAUAGAUAUAAAUGUAUAAUCUACUCUAGAUUUAUAAUGUUCAUGUUUUAAUUGCUUUGUAGCUCUAUCAACUCACCCUGCAUGUCGCAUAUAUUAUUGUUUCCAAAGAAAAUGUAAUCUGUCGACCUGCGCUGUCGAAAGUAAGAAGUAAGACAGACAUUGAAGUACUUCAUUGGAGUUAUUUAUCGCAUUAUCUGUAAGUUGAUGUACGACACACGACAUUCUGAACGUUGUUUGAUAUCACCUAAGAACACAUCAUUCUUACAAAUGUUUACCUUGAUGUGUAUAUGUUUUGAGAAAAUCUCGGCUGAAGAGAAACGACUUAAGAUGAGAAUCAAUAUGGCAUGUUGGUGACAUCACUAUCUGUUGCUUCGUUUCUAAACAACUUGCGACCCACCCUGGAAGUUCAUAUGGAAUGUUGUUUUUCCUCUCACUUUUCCGCCCACUUUUCAGCAUCAUGCAACAAUCACCUACAUUUGACAGCAAGGUUACUGAUACAAGACCAUUCUCCAUCGACAUGAUCGACUUGCGAUUAACUGGGAAAAAGAAAAUCAGAAGAGAAACUUAUGCCUGCAAUAUUUUCGUGUGAGUUCAUAAUGUACGAAAAAAAUGAUUACCCAAAAUGACUGUCGGUAGACCCGACGGUACAAUAUUGGCGAUUGGGAACAAGAGACUCCUUGUAUCAAGAAUACACCUGUAUUCCCUAUUGCCAUUUUGAUGACACACAGAAUCGGGUGAUAAUCAGGAGGGUACUUAAUUUAAAUGAGAUUAAAAUAAGAAUCAUUUAAUUGCGGCCAGUAGAGGUACCACACGAUUGUGUUCAGCACUUUAGUAGGGAACGCACAAUAUAUACACUAUGGAUUUCUAUCGAUACGGUAAAAGAUUUUAUUUUCUUAAUUGCAUGAUUUAACCAUAAUGGCAAUCAUCUAUCAUUACAUGUCAUAUAGCAUGUACAAAUUAGUUUUAGUUGAUUUUAUAAGGUUUUCAUUUCUGCACAUAUAAUAUUUUAUCAUCAUGUACAUGUUUCUUUGAUAAGCUGGUUAGUUGUAAAUUGCUGUCGUUACAUGUAUGUUUAAAACAUCAGCGUAACCACAAAUUAGAGUGAAAUCUAUGUAAUCGCAUUAUAAUUGCAAAUUUAGCUUUCCUUCCACAAGCAUAUCACUGCCGUAGGGUAACAUUCAUGUUUAAUUAGAUAAAAGGGUUUGGACGUCAUGAUAUUUUACAUUUUUCUUACAUGACCAUCGCAAAUCUCACUAGGCCUACUCCAAUGGACAAACAACGUGUUUGUAGGUCAUGUAGUGAAGAAAAUAUAACCCUUUUUCUCGGGCAACAUGGUUUUUUCUGUCCUUGAAUGUGAUAUCACCCUCGGUCUCCGGCCUUCUGGGUUGUAUGACACAUUUCACAUUCCUCGGGCCAGAAAAAUCCAUAUUGCCCUCGACAAAGGGAGUGAUAAUUAAACAGUACUGCUGAUAGAACAUUCUUAAACUCAUGAUGACGGGGAGGAGGUGCGUCCCUCAGUUUUCUAGGAUGAACUUUCUAAAUCUUUUUUCGACAUGAAUUUUCCUUUUGCCAUUAAUUUCCAUCUUGAAUGGACAAUAUUUUACAUAUCAAAAUUAUAUGAUCACUUAGUGAAUGAUGCAGCCGGACAAUUGCACAGCAUUACAUGUUUCUACUGUUUUUGACUGUUGCAGUACAUAGACUGAAUAAUUUAUAAAAUGAUAUACGGGUUGAAGUCAAAUGAAUCAAAUGCACUUAAUUUUCUUUCCACGCGUGCUUUUCUUUUGCUCCGAGCAAUUCUUCACUUUUUGUGUGUACAUUUAUUGAUUCUGUUUUACUGAAAUGUUGAUUUGCAUAUUUUGAUAAAGGGGUUUUCCGCUCUGAUUCGAAAAGGUUUUUUGAUAUAUGCACUGUACAUUCGAUAUUAAAAUGGACAUCAGUCCGGACCGUUUUCAUUGAAGGUAAAAAAAGAACAAUUCUAAAUGUAAAUAAUACAAAUGUAUUUUGUAUAUACCGGUAAAUAUACGCAUAGAAUAUAUUUAGGAUAAAUAAAAAAUCAAUAAAACA